AUGAGUAGAUCAACAAGAGACAUUGGAGGCAGACUGAAGAAGACGGGCGUGACUGAGAUCAAGCUCACCGGUAACUACAGCCGAGCAGACAUCGAACGAAUCGCUCAGCGGGACAGCAACACUCUCCAACGAUACGCCGCCAACGCAAGGAUAGAGGUCGUGCUCGACUACGGCAAUCAUCAGUAUCGAUCGGGCAAGUUCACCAAGGUAGGCGAGCCCAUCAUCAUGUUUGAUCCUCACGAGUAUGACGGAGCACCGAUCGCAGAGCCUGACACAUUUAAAUGGUUCUACAUCUACGUUCAUCAAGCAAAGGGCAAGGCAGGCGGCUGCGACGGCGAAUGGAACAACUGCCUCUACUACUGCCUCCACGACGCCUAUCCAGAGCAGGUCACAGAGCACUUUGGCAGGCCAUCACGACUCAAGAAGUUCCUCGACCUUGAUGUCGAUCAGAAGGUCUCUAUCAAGCGGAUCCCAGAACUCGAGGAGAGACUCAACAUCAAAAUCAACGUCAAAGGUGAUCACUGCUAUGCAUCCACCUCGAGGGCAACCAGAGAGGUCAACCUAAUACUAACAAAAGGACACUACAAACUAGACAAGGAAGGUACCUAUGCAGGCAAGGGCAUCAGAUACACUCGACACAACGAGAGGGACGUCUACAUCAAGCCAAUCGUUUUCAAGUACCUCAAGGGCGAACAGGUCCAGCUCUAUGAUGACGGCGAGUACAUGACCAUCAGCCUGGAACAUUUUAUCAACAAGAAGAGACGCAAGUACCAAGACAAGUGCGAGUACAUCCGCAUCCUCUCAGGAAUGACCCUGGAGGAGACAUUGGACUCGUUCAAGGCCGACGCCGACGCGCUCAAGGAAGGUACUAACGGUAUCAUCGACAUGUACACAACAGGACAGAACAUCAACAAGGCAGCGAUCAAACUGUUUAUAUCAUACAACAAGACAGUCAAGCCAGAGCCAAUCGAUCAGAAGGAGGGCGAGUGGAUAUCCAAGUCAACCUUUGGCGCAUUGAUGUUUUCCAUCCAGCAUACAGGAGGUCUCUACAUGUAUGACGUCUGCAAGAUGUAUGGUGCGAUCAUGAAGAGCGGCGGCUUCAUGAUCCCAAUCAAGUGUGGCGAGUUCCAACAACUGACCGACGAAGAGCUGAGCGCAAUGAAAUCAAUACCAUUCGGUAUCUAUCGCGCAACGAUCAACGGCAAGCACGGAGCAUUCAAGAUUAACAAGAAGGAUUACUACACUCACUACGACCUAAUCUUUGCUAAGGAGCUAGGACUGACAUUCAACUUGAAGACCGGCAACAAGGCCAACGCAUUGUUAUACGAUAGCACAUGCAGGAUCAAUGGCUCCAUUCUUUUUGGCAAGUACAUGGAUCAGGUGCUCGCCUGGAUCAAGGCAGGAGUCCCACGAUCAAAGGAACUCUAUCAACGACUCUGGGGCGCUCUCUCCAAGCGCAACAAGACCAAGCAGUGCGUCAAUAUGGAGUGCGAUGAAGAAGUGAUAGAGACCAGCGAUGGACAGAGAACGAUCAAGAACAUUGAUAUCAACGUCGACGAGGACUACUCAAUCGAUCACAUCACUCCAACAGCCAAUGGCAGCGCGAUGAUCAAGUCGGCCUGCAACACCGACAUGUUCGAUACGCCAUUCGCUCGGAUCAUGCCAUUCAUCAUCUCUCGUGGUCGCAAGAUGAUUGGAACGAUAAUAAAGGACGACAUUGACUGCAUCAAGCGCGUUCACACUGGAUUCGUCUCGACCAAACCAUGGACAGUCAAGACUGGCAAGAAAUCGCUCGACUACCCCAAGUUGGGCACCGAGUGUGGCGACCUGCGAUACGAGGGCUACUGUCCCGACGCAAUCGUCAAGAACAUGACCAAGCCAGUUGGAUCGUUCGCCAUUGGAAUAUGGCAAACAGAAGGCUGUUAA